UGAUAAUCCCGAGUGUGACUUGGGGUCAGGGGCGGACUGACAACUCAUGGGGCCCCCGGACCAUAGGGGAUCAUGGGGCCCCUGUGUCCUUGCCCAAACUCAAAAAGCCUAUGAAAAAGGUACCAGGGGCAUCUCAUGGGGCCCGUUACUGACCCUAGGCCCUUGGGCGGUGCCCGAGUUUCCAAAUGGUUAGGUAGAAACAGGGUAGUAACUACCACAAGGCAAACAAGGCGUUUGCCUUG